AUGGCCUAUCUUGCUAAACCAUCAGGGGAUCAUUGCUUCCAAGCCGUCAAGCAUGAGGGAACUCCUACUGGUGUGACGGAGGAGAUCGGUGGCAUCAAGUGUUACGUUGGCUACCCACCCGACAAGAAGACGGACAAGAUCGUUAUGUUCUUCUGUGAUGUGUAUGGACCGUGGUACUUGAACAAUCAGCUUCUCAUUGACUUCUUUGCCCUGCGAGGAUAUCUCGUCGUCGCUCCUGAUUACUUCCAGGGUGAUCAGCUCGAAGAGCUAAGCAAGAAUCCCGAUUUCGACCGCAAGAAGUGGAUCGAUGCUCACGUACCAUCCUCGCAGUCUAUUGUGGUGAAUUUCACGGCAGCGAUAAAGGAGAAGUACGGCACUAAGAAAGUCGGCUGUGUUGGAUAUUGCUUCGGCGGCCAGCACGUCAUGAAAUCGCUCACCAAGGGUGACGCUAUCGCGGGUGCCUUUGUUCAUCCGGCCUUCAUCAAGGAGAAGGACUUCGAGGAGAUGAAGCAGGGUGCGGCUUUCUUCUCGUGCGCCGAGACAGAUGGCACAUUCCCGGCAGAGUUGCGUCACAAAGCUGAGGCGAUCGUUCAAGCGAACAAGCUGAACUAUCACUUCCAGCUCUUCUCAGGAGUCACACAUGGCUUUGCGAUCCGUGGUGACCCGAAGGACGAAAAUCAGCGUUGGGCGAAGGAACAAAGUGCUUGGGGCAUUUCGGGCUGGAUCGAUCGCUUCCUCCAGUAG